AAAACCAGCAACCAAACGCUGCCCUAAAUCCCUAAACUUUUCGACUGCUCCACAACAGCUAUGGAAGCUGAUAAGUGGACAAGUUUUUCAGAAGGAACUAGUGAUUCUGACGGCUAUGGCGAGGAUCCUGAUGAUGAUGACCCUUGCUGUGCAUAUGCAUCCAGUGAUAUACCCAAGUUGCAGUUCAGGAAAGAUAUUUCAAGAUCACGAUGGCUUGAUCCAUUAGGAAUGGCUGAGGUCGUGGAGAGGAAGGGUGGAUUGUGGACAACUACUGGGAUAGUUCGUAAUGGCAAGAUAUAUUGCUUCAUUGAAGAGAUUUUAUAUCUUGCCGAAAUUGGGGCUUUACAUCUCUUCAGUAAAGAUGACACGCCCCUUUCUCUGGAACACAUAUACAACAAUGUUGCAGAAGGAAAAAAUGGAUGUUCCUUGGAAUAUUAUGAAGCAUAUAAGCACUUGAAAUCCCUUGGUUAUAUAGUCGGGCGUCACGGUAUACCUUGGUCAGUGAGAAGGUCAAAAGUAAAUUGUGUUAUUAACCAAGACCUGCCGGAGACUGCUCAAAGUGGAGAUGAAGAAUCAAGAAACAAUGUUGUCAUCUCUGAAAUGUUUAGUAAUAUGCAAAUUGCUGGCUUGAGACUGGCCUUUGACGUGUACCCUCCUAAUAGCAGAUUCAGAAAGUCUGCUCCUGGUGAUCCCUGUUUUGUACUUUGUCUUGCUAGUGAGUAUCCACCUUCCAAAAAAGAGAUUGAAGAUCUUGAGAGACAUUCUCAUGGUAUUCCGCUGAAAUUCUGUCUUGUUGAGCAUGGGCGUGUGAGCUUUUUCUCAUUCAACAAAGUUGAGCUUCCUAUUCUCCCAUGAUCCCUUCGGGCAAGAUACAAAUCUUGGCAUUUGCUUAAAAGAGCUAUGGUACAAUUAUGAAUUUUAAGUUUAUGGAUUGAUGUUUCACCACUGUGUAAUUGCAACACAUUAUUUAGAUGAUAACUAUAUCUGACUAAUGAAACAGGGCCUCGUUUCUCUGCUUAU